GUGGUAGCCGAAGCUUUCUGUCAGUCCCUUGCUCUCUUACAAUAAAAAACCCUAGCCCUCAUCUCUCUCUCUCUCUCUCUCUCUGACAGGCUGACACAAUCUCAAGCAGUAAACCAUGGCGACAGCAACAGGAGCAGCUGCUGCGGCAACAGCAAAGGCACUUUCGCAGAAAGAGCUAGACAUUCAGUUGAUGUUGGCCGCUGAGGUUCAUCUUGGCACCAAAAACUGUGACUUCCAAAUGGAACGUUACGUUUUCAAGCGCCGCAAUGAUGGAAUUUAUAUCAUCAAUCUUGGAAAGACAUGGGAAAAGCUUCUGCUGGCUGCUAGAGUUAUUGUGGCAAUUGAGAACCCCCAAGAUAUUAUUGUUCAAUCUGCAAGGCCCUAUGGUCAAAGAGCUGUCCUCAAAUUUGCCCAGUACACUGGUGCUCAUGCAAUUGCUGGAAGACACACUCCUGGUACCUUCACUAACCAGAUGCAGACUUCAUUCAGUGAACCUCAUCUUUUGAUCCUCACUGAUCCGAGGACUGAUCACCAGCCUAUCAAGGAAGCAGCUCUUGGAAACAUUCCUACCAUUGCUUUCUGUGACACUGACUCUCCGAUGCGGUAUGUGGAUAUUGGCAUUCCUGCUAAUAACAAAGGCAAGCACAGCAUCGGAUGCCUGUUUUGGCUGUUGGCAAGAAUGGUUCUACAGAUGCGUGGAACUAUUCCUCAAGGACACAAGUGGGAUGUUAUGGUGGACUUGUUCUUUUAUAGGGAACCUGAAGAAGCAAAGCAGCAGGAAGAGGAGGAAACAGUUCCAGCUGCUGAUUAUGCACUCCCUCCAGCUGACUACGGGGUUUCUGCUGGCGAAUGGAGUAGCACUAUAGCCGAUAGCCAAUGGACAGCUGAUGUUGCCCAACAACCCAUUCCUGCUGCCAGCUUAUUCCCAGACCAAGGUGGACUUUCUGUUGAAUGGGGUGCAGCUCCGGCUCCGGCUCCGGUACCCCUUUCAGCUACUGAACUUGAUGGUCCCGCCCCUGCUGCUACUGGCUGGGACAUUUAAAUUCCGCAGGAAUAUUCAUGCUCACAACAACCGUGUUUUGCACUUAUUCCGGAAUCAUGAGUGUAGUUUUUGUUGGGGGAUGGACAUGUCUGUCGGGGAGGGGGUAUCCAUAGCAAUGCUGUGUUUUGUCAUGUCAGUAUUUAAGCUUCUAUUAUCACCGUUGCCCCCCACUGUUAUUUACAUGUCC